AUAAUCAGUUUUGUUUUCAUCAGCCCUGUUUUCCUGUAUGCCAAUUUUCUUGUUCAUUUAGUUUCUUUCAUUCAUUCAUUGCUUCCUUCAUGUAGCCAUGAGAACAACGAGUAAUCGCAAUCGCAAUCACAUUCUUGUAUCCUUUGCAACUAUUUUUCUUCUUCUCUCAAAUGCAACCCAUGCUGAAAACAACAAUGGACCAAAUUCAUUGGUUUUAAGUUGCGGUUCUUCGGACGCGAUAAAAGAUGAAUCCGACGGCUCGACAUGGCAACCCGAUGCCAAAUACUUAGUGGUUGACGAUAAAUCGACAUCGGUCAAGGCUGAAAUUCAAGACCCUUCUUUGCCUUCAGUUAUUCCUUACAUGACUGCCAGAACAUUCCAAUCCCAAUCAACCUAUCAAUUUCCUCUCCAAAAUUCAACCUCUCGAACUCUACUUCGUCUCCAUUUCUACCCUUCUUCUUACCCGAAUUUCAACAUCUCCAAUUCUUACUUCUCGGUUGUCGCAGGCGGCGGCGUUACGUUGUUGAAUAAUUUCAGCGCUUCUUUAGCCGCGGAAGCUCUCUCUCAGGCAUAUUUCAUCAAGGAAUAUUACUUGGCUCCAUCACAAUUCCCCACUCUUAACCUCACAUUCAAGCCAUCGGAUAACUCUUUCGCGUUCAUCAAUGGCAUUGAGCUUAUUUCAAUGCCACCUCUAUUCGACACGGACCCAACAUUGGCCGGUACUGGUGGAUCCGACGAUGAUUUCGACGCUGCCGUUACGAUACCAAUACAAAGCAGCAGUAUGGAAACAAUGUUCAGAUUAAACAUGGGCGGGCAAUAUAUCUCCCCGACAAACGAUUCGGGUGGGCUAAUGCGAAGUUGGUACGACGACAGCCUUUACAUAUACGGUGCGGCAAAUGGAGUCGCGGUCGAAGCAAACGCCACAGUCGGAUACAAAGGAUUACCUUCUUACAUUGCCCCAAUAGAUGUGUACUCAACGUACAGAUCAAUGGGUGCUUUUAAGGACGUGAACAAGAACGCGAAUCUGACGUGGAUCUUCCAAGUCGAUCCAAAUUUCAUGUACCUCCUCAGAUUCCAUUGGUGUGAUUCCGAGAUGACUAAACCUAACCAGAGGGUUUUCGACGUUUUCAUCAACAACAAAACCGCGGCAAGCCAAGUGGAUUUGUACGCAUGGACGGGUUCUAUAGCGACUCCCACAAUAAAGGAUUACGUAGUGCAAGUCAACAACAAGAGCGCCGGCGAUUCUCAACAGCAGCUGUGGGUGGCCCUUCACCCGAACGACAAAACCAAGGCGGAAUUCGUCGAUGUUCUUCUGAACGGGCUCGAGAUAUUCAAGCUCAGCGACAAUGCAAAGUCCAACCUUGCGGGUCCAAACCCUACAAUCUCCGAUAUGAUGAAGAAAUAUCAGCAAGCUCAAUUGGCUCCAAUCACUUUUCAAGCUCAAGAUAAAUCAUCAAAUAGUAAUUUACUCAUCACCGGAGCUGCAGCCAUUGGGGUGGCGGCCGCCGCCGUUUUUCUGUUCGCUUACAGUAACAAAAAGAGGGAUCCUAAAGGUGAAGGAGCAACUACAUGGCUGCCGAUUUCGUGGAAUUCUAAUUCCACUACCAUCAAGUCUUCAUCAGUAUCGGGCAGAAGCCAAGGCGGCGGCACCUCCAUUUCAACGGAUGCAGCUUGCAAUUGCCGCUACUUCAGCUUGACAGAGAUCAAGAACGCAACCAAGAAUUUCGACGAGUCGAACGUGAUUGGAGUGGGAGGAUUCGGAAAGGUGUACAAAGGAGUGGUUGAUGGAGACACCAAAGUGGCUGUAAAGAGAUCAAACCCCUCAUCAGAGCAAGGCGUGAACGAAUUUCAGACAGAGAUAGAGAUGCUCUCUCGACUAAGGCACAGGCAUUUGGUGUCGUUGAUCGGAUUCUGUGAGGAUAACGGUGAAAUGAUAUUGGUUUACGACUACAUGGGUUUGGGUACGUUGAGGGAACAUCUCUACAAGGGCAACAAAAUAACACUGUCAUGGAAGCAGAGGUUGGAGAUAUGCAUUGGAGCAGCAAGAGGGCUUCACUAUCUCCACACCGGUGCCAAGUACACUAUAAUUCACCGGGAUGUCAAGACAACAAACAUUCUCCUAGACGACAAAUGGGUAGCAAAGGUUUCCGAUUUCGGGCUAUCCAAAACAGGGCCAAACAUGAACCAAGGCCACGUCAGCACUGUCGUGAAAGGUAGCUUCGGCUACCUGGAUCCCGAAUACUUUAGGAGACAACAGUUGACUGAAAAGUCCGAUGUUUACUCGUUUGGAGUCGUGCUUUUUGAGGUGCUAUGCGCAAGGCCAGUCCUUAAUCCAAGCCUUCCGAAAGAACAAGUGAGUCUCGCGGAUUGGGCACUAAGAUGCGCUAGAAAUAAAACACUAGGAGAUAUUAUCGACCCGCAGCUCAAAGAUAAGGUUUCUCAAGAAUGCUUGAACAAAUUCAUUGAUACAGCUGAGAAAUGCUUGGCAGAUCAUGGGGUUGACAGGCCUUCAAUGGGGGAUGUUCUUUGGAACCUCGAAUUUGCACUACAGCUACAUGACAACCCGGAAGAUAAACGGGCUGCCGGCUCCGGCAAAACGGGCAGUGUUGAUCUUGAUCAUAUCGAUCAAGACAAAAUUGACCAUAAUAGCCUCAUCGCCAUGCAUCGCAACACCUUAAACCUUGUAGAUGAUGAUGAUGUCUUUGACGACGACGAUGCUAUCAAAAAAGGUGAUGAAGACAUUUUUUCGCAGAUUGUCAAUCCCAAGGGCCGAUGA